AUGAGCAGCGCGGACACGCUCGUCUCCUCGCUCAACCAGCUCCUCGCCAAGCUCGGCCUCUCUGCCAUUGUGCUCGAGUCCCCGUUCGACCUCACGCCCUCGCUGCUCGUCGCUGUCCUCGAAUGUAUUCUCGAGUCGCGACUCGACAUCCCGCCCGCCACCCGUGCGUCGCGCGACAUUCCCUCCAGGGUGCAGGCCAUGAAGGUCUUCCUCGGCGUACUGGAGGGAGACGUGAUACAAAUGGAUGUUGGCCUCAGCGACGUCGACCCGCGGCGUCUUGCGGCGGGCGAGUGGGACGAGGUCGUGUUCAUCGGUCAGCUGCUGUGCUGGCUGGGCAAGACGACGGGCCUGCUACCUGUAUUACCCGAAGACACGCCUGUUGAGGAUGGCCCUGGGCGAUUUGUGAAGACAGCGAGCGCCGAGCGAGACAUGCGGGGCGGCGCUGUAUCGCCGUCUUUACCAUCCGACACGGCCUCAAACACGGGCCAUUCGUAUCUAUCGCUCUCGCGCACAGUACCAGCAGGCUCGGACACUACCGUCUCAUCGAGUCUCUCCGUUCCCCCAGCCCCCCUGCCCCACGCAGAUCUGUUCGAUCCGGGCUCUCAAACGGUUUCGUCGGGCCAGACUCGAGCCCGGAGGCGCGCUCCGCGCUGCAUCCACGAAGUCGAAGAGUUGUCAUUCAUGUCUCAGGACAGUCAGUCGACCGAAGACACAUACUGCGCCUGCCCCCCAGAGCCCCUCGAACCAUUACUGUCCUCCAUACGUCCGAGCUCUACCCCCGUGCGCCACACAAGAUGGGUACACCGCGUUGAUGACGCAUCUGAACUUCGCUCUUUCAAGGCUCAUAGACCUCACUCCGUAGAUCUGCUUUCCCCAGCCUAUGGCAAUCUGGUAUCCACACCACGGACGCCCCUCACUGGAGCUACCCCUCCAGGUCGUAUCCUCACGCGACACAACUCUCCCACUGAGUACACACUCGCCCUACUCAACGAGCGUGCCAAACUGCUUGCCGAGUUAGCUGAGCUGAAGACGGCGAGAAGCAAGACUUGA